AUGAAAUACAAAAGAAAAAUAAUUACAUCAUUGAUUUUAUUGUCUCUAUGGGCCUUGCAUAGAGAGUAUGAUUUCAGCACAAAGAAACUACAGAUGACGUAUCAGUGCUGGUCUCAGAAAAAACAAACAGAAUUACAGCUAUCUGAUUGGUUUAGUCCCAGACUGAACUUCACAAACAAGAACCUGAGUGUUACUGAAUGGUCAGCUCCAGUGGUGUGGCAUGGUACUUACAAUGAGUCAGUCUUGAAAAAUUAUUAUGCCAAUCGUAAGAUUACUGUGGGAUUGACUGUGUUUGCUGUGGGAAGAUAUCUUCAGUUCUAUUUGCACAGUUUUUUGUCAUCUGCUGAUAAGUUUUUCAUGGUCGACCAGAAAGUCAUCUUUUAUGUCAUGGUAGAUAACUUUUCCACUAUUCCUUGGAUGCCUCUGAGCCGCCUCCACACAUUCAAAGUCUUUAAAAUUAAACGAGAGGAGAGAUGGCAAGAUAUCAGUAUGAUGCGCAUGAAGAUCAUCAGUGAACAUAUUGUGGAUCAUAUCCAAAAUGAAGUUGACUUCCUCUUCUGCAUGGAUGUGGAUCAAAUCUUCAGAGGAAAAUAUGGUUUGGAGACUCUGGGAGAGUCAGUAGCUCAGUUACAUACUUACUGGUAUAAGGCAAAUUCUACAAUGUUGCCUUAUGAGAGAAGUCAGUUAUCAGAAGCUUAUAUACCUAUGGGCGAGGGAGAUUUUUAUUACCAUGCUGCUGUUUUUGGUGGUACUCCCAUUCAGGUUCUCAAUAUUGCCAGGGAAUGCUCCAAAGGAAUCAUGAAUGACAAGAAAAAUAAUAUUGAAGCAGUGUGGCAUGAUGAAAGCCAUUUAAACAAGUAUUUCUUUCUCCAUAAACCCACUAAAAUCUUAUCACCAGAAUACUGUUGGGAUUUAUAUGAAAAAAGGAAUCCUGAUAUUAAAAAUGUUAAACUCUCUUGGGAUGUUAAGAAUUAUGAAGUUCUUAGAGUGAAUGAAUAA